CGGUGGCGUGAACUGAAAAUCGCAACGCCCCACGGUUAAGGGUGCGAUUGCGAUUGCGAUCAUUCGAAACACAAAACGACCCCUCAAUGACCCUCCACAUAGUGCCGUUGUUAAAAAAUCCUGCAGCAUCAGUCCCUCAUAAGAAAAAUAUUUAUCGCGGAUUUUCCCACUCAGAGAAUACCCAAAAGUGAAAAGCUGAUUUUGAAAAAAAAAUUUUGUUUGAAAAUAUUUGAGUCAGUUUUUGAAAGGAAGAGAAGGGAAGCGAAUAGCGUGUCUGACGGAUCUUUGUACUGCAUCAGCUGGAGAGAUUUAACGCUGCCGACAUGUCGGCCUUGAGGGCCGGGCUCUGCCGACGCAGCAUCUACCUGGUCAUUUUGCUCGCAGUGCGAUCCUCGCAUUCUGCUCCAGUAUACGAUCAAGAUACCACACAAGUAGCAGAGUACGAUGGAGGAGCAACAGGUUGUUAUUAUAAUUUCCAACACUACCAAGAGGGUGACCGUAUCGUGACGAACGAACCAUGUCUAAACUGCACGUGCCAUAAUCGGAUGUUGAUGUGUUAUCUUAGGGUAUGUCCAUUCACAAAGGCAAUCGGUCAGGAUUGUAUGGUCGAAAAAAGACCCGAUCAAUGUUGUCCUGUAAUAACAUGUCCCGAAGUACCCGUGCAGCUUCUAACAUCCACGACAAACACUCCCGCAAGUUCUGGGUCAACCGAACUCGGAUUCCGAGACAAUUAUGGAUGCAAUGUCAACGAUCGAUUCUAUGCUGAUGGGGCUCAACUUCCAAUUGAAUUCCAUAAUCCAUGUGAACUUUGCUAUUGUAUCAGGAAUCGAACGACUUGUGUCAUGCAAGAAUGCACACUGAGAGUGGCUGGAUGUAGGCCAGUUUAUCAACCGGGAAUAUGUUGUCCAGUCAAGUAUAGCUGUGAUUAUGACGAAAUAACGGACGAGACAACACCUGCACCUCACCUCAUCAUGACCACGACUAUGGCACCUGGCAUUAGUGGACCGCAAUGCUCCCACGAAGGAAAAUUAUACGAAGACGGAGAUCUUAUUUAUUCGACGCAGCCCUGUGAACAUUGCUACUGCUUCCGUGGGGAUAUAGCAUGUGCCGUUCAAGACUGCGGUACACCAAUGAAGACUCAUGGAAAGAAUUGUACGGCUCUUCCCCCUCCCGAAGGAGAGUGCUGCCCAACCACGUAUCAAUGCGAAAAUGACUUCGAAACUGCGACAUCCCGCAUUCCAGAAGAUGAUGACCGAAAGACUGAAUCUGGAGGUAUUGAAACAACUCCCGUAAGUGAUGUACAUGUGACUCAAGGAACCUUAUCUCCAGAUGAUACAGAAGGAGAAAAAAUUAAUGAAUUUGGCGAUAAGACUACGGAAGUUGCACUGGAACAGGCUACGCAAACAGAAAAGAUUGACGAGACUGAACCUAAGACUGUUUCACCUAUAAAAGAAGGUGGCCAACCGAAAUUCGAAGAAACGACACCUGGUGGUGUUUCUGAUGUAUCGAAAGAAACAUCUGAACCUGCUGAAAAACCUGAGGUAGAAAGAAAGGAUGAUGAAAUUCCAGCUACUGUAACUGCAGUUACAGAAGAGAGUUCAACUGAAGGUGCUGCAUCUGAAACAUCUAGUUCAGCUGCUCCUGAACUUUUACCGAAAGCAGAUAUCGAUAGUACUGAAAAAACUGCUACAGAAAAUACACUUGCAACUUCAACAGAGGAAGAGAAAUUACCAGCCGAAAUGGAAGAUAAACCAGCAGAAAUUCCAAAAACUGAUUUUGAGAAAUCUACUGCCGAACCUAGCACUCCCGAAGAAGUUACUGAAAGAACUAUAGAUGUAACUACUGGUAUUGAUUCUUUCUCCGAUCAGACCGAAAGGACUAUUUCUCAAACGACUCCUAAGGAAACUGAAAUAUCAGAGCCUAUCGAAAAAUCAACUACUCCAGCAACAGAAGAAGGAUCUACUUCGUCUACUGAAGGUAAGGGAAGUGCUGAAGCUGAAGAAGUAAACAAGGUUACAUCAACUGAAUCAUCUCUUAAAGAAACGGUAACACCAUCUAAUGCUUUAUCUACUGAAGGUGUUGAAGGAGAGAAAGUUACUGUAAUUGAGGAAGAAGUCCCAAAACCUACAACGAUAGGAGCUGAAUCAGCUACUGAAGCUGAUUUAAUGUCAUCCGAACAACCAGAUAUUCCUACGGAAGGUCCAUCAGGCAUUCCGGUUCUAGACAAAAAGCCAGAACACAAAGCAGAAGAUAAAGAUGCAGUAAACGAAAUUGGAGUCAGUGAUGAAUACGGACCUACUGGACGUCCAGACAUCGCCCCUAGUUAUAUGACUGAACUUAACGAAUUUGGCCCAACAACUUUUGUUCCCACAACUUAUCUACCUCCAUUCCCAUCGAGUACAGAUUCAACAACUGUCGCGGAAGAAGAGUCUUUUGGAAAAACUACGGAAGAACCUCUGACUGAAGUUGGAAAAACAGUCGAGCCUGAGAUAUCGGUAACUGAGAGUGAAGCAACAGUAGCACCUGAGACUGAAGUAAAAUUGACGACUGUCCCACAGGAAGAAGGUACUAAGGAAUCUACUGAAGGCCCAAAUAAAUCUAGUGAAGGUCCUAUAGAAUCUACUGAAGGUCCCAAGAAAUCCACUGAAGGUCCGAUAGAAUCUACGGAAAGUCCCAUGGAAUCUACGGAUGUUCCUAAAGAGUCAACUGAAGGUCCCCCGGAAUCUAAUGAAGUUCCAAUAGAACCUACUGAAGCUCCCAAGGAAUCCACGGAAGGUCCCAAGGAAUCUACUGAAGUUCCUAAAGAAUCCACUGAAGUUCCCAAGGAAUCUACUGAAGGUCCGAUAGAGUCUUCUGAAGGUCCCAAGGAAUCUACUGAUGAUGCUAAAGAGUCUACUGAAGGUCCCAAGGAAUCUACCGAUGACGGUAAAGAGUCUACUGAAGGUCCCAAGGAAUCUACAGAAGGUCCGAUAGAAUCAACGGAAGGCCCUAAAGAAUCUACUGAAGGUCCCAUGGAAUCUACUAAGGGUCCGAUAGAAUCUACAGAAGGUCCUAAAGAGUCUACUGAAGGUCCCAAGGAAUCUAAUGAAAUUCCCACAGUGGAAGUGGAAGGUACUAAGGAAAUUACUAAAGGUCCUGAUGAAGUCACUGAUAUUUCUGAAGAAUCUACUGAAGCUUCUAGUUCUAAAGAGAAAUCAACUGAAAUAAACGAUUCUGGUGAAGAGCUUCCAACCAAUAAACCUGUAGUAGAAGCCGAAAGUUCAUCUGAGGAAAUCAGUGAUGAAGUCACAACACCGACAUUGUCUUCAGGAGGCAAACAAUCGACUGAAGUCCAACCAACCGAAAGCAGUUCUACUGAGAAAGAACCAGGUACUGAAGAAAAGGUUACUGAAUCUGUUGUUGCUGAAGAACCAACGACUUUCUCAACUGACGUGGAAAAGGAAUCUGAACCAAGCGUAUCGGAAAGAACUGAAGAGAGCAUCACACCAGCUAUAGAAAUUGAAAAGGAACCUACAGAAGCAGGAAUAAAGUCAACAGAAGAAGUUCCUCCAGAAUCUGCAACACAACCAGAGAAAAUAGAUGUCACCGAGACUUCAGUUUCAGAAUCUGAAGUGACAACUGUCGGUGCAGAAGAACCAACUAAGACUGAAGAGAAUACUUCUGUAAAAAUAGAACCGAUUGAGGAAUCCGUUACGCAAGAAUCUGUAACGACCAAGAAAGAGAGCACUUCAGAAAGUAGUGAACCAGAACUAACAGAGAAAUCUGACACUCCUUCAGAAUCAACUGAAAAAGAAAUUGAAACUACAAGCGAUGAUACACUCGUUACAAAAGAAGAGGCUACUACUGCUAAUGUUGUCGUUAUUGAGGAUCGAAUAACUGAAAGCCCUGUUGUUGAAGAAAAACCAACAGAGUUAAUUCCUGAAGAUAAUGAGACGACUGAAAGUAGUAGCAGCCAAGAGGAACCCACUAAAUCUACACCUAAGGAAGAAUCAAGUGAAUCUCCUGUUGUUACAGAAGUGUCUUCUACUGAACCUGCUGAAGAAAAGACGGAAUCAUCUAUGAAGGAAGAACCAACAGAAUCAUCUGUGGAACAAGAUAAAACACCAGAAGUUUCCAAGGAACCCGAAGAAGUGCCACCUCCAGUAGAGGGCGAAAAGGGAGUAACAGAGGUAGAACAAGUAACAAAGAUAAGCAUACCUACUGAGAUGAAACCCCAAGAUCAAGAGGUAGAGAUGUCUUCACCAUCACCUCAGGAACCAAGUGAAGAAUCGACCUCUCCAGCCUCAGUGAAUCAAACUAGUCAGGUGACUGAGUCCGAAUCUCCUGCAGAACUAGAGCCUCUAGCAGGUAUUCCAGGAGAAGGUAAUUGUCUCGUAGAUGGCCAGUCUUAUAACAACAAUUCAAUUAUUCCUCCAGCAAAUGCUUGUCAAGUCAGUUGCCGGUGUAUAAGUAGCAUUGUUCAGUGUGAUCUAGUCCAAUGUUUACCACCUCCAGUUCAUUUAGCAAAUUGUACUCCACUUCAUACUGGCUCUAACUCCUGCUGCCCAAUGUACGCCUGCGAUUCCGACAAAUCCGUAACAUUACAAUCGGAUAAUCAAAUGGGUGGAAAAACACCAUCUUACGAUGAACAAACAACUGCAGAGCCUAUCAACAAAACGUCUAUUCCCGUAGAAGAAACUACAAUCGCAGUUGAAUCAACAUCGUCAACAGAGAAAGAAGGAACUUCAGCGAGUGUAGAGCCUGAAGGAGAAAUAACAACUUCUGGAGCAUCUGCCUCAUCUUCGGAAGUAACUGAGGAACCUACAGUAACAAAAGAGACUGGUGAGGAAGAACCAAUUACGGAAGAAGAAACUACGAAAUCGAAUGUUAGUGAAAUGUCUGAAGGAGCUACUUCUAGCGUAACUGAAGAACCAAGCACUGUUAAUGAGCAAAGUUCUUCCGAGAUUCCAGAAUCUACAGAGAAAACAGCAACUAAAUUAGAAGGUGAGACAACUGUUUCUGGUGAAGAAUUACCGAGCUCACCUGGUUCUAGUGUUCGUCCGAAAAUUGACGAACAAGGAACAGAAGCAUCAGUUACAACAGAGACAACGCCAAAUUCUACAGCUUCUGAUGAAGAUUCGGUAACCCCAAUUACGAAGGAAGAGUCUACCGAGAAAACUCAACCAGAGGACGAAAAGGAAGCUGUUAUGACAAACGAGCCAGGUUUAGAAGUUACAGAAGCUCAGCCUUCAUCGAGUGAAGCCACAUCUAAGGGUGAGAUUCCUGUUGAGGUCACUACAUUAAAAUCAGAUCAAGAAGCAAUAGAAGAAGAGAAAGUAACGGAAACUGUUGCACCAGAAGUACCUUUUAAACCAGAAGAGGGAUCUACUACAUCUGUACCAUCUGACGAAAUGACAGCUACUAGUGAAGAAUCACCUAAACCAACAGAAUCGUCACCUUCCAUCGAAGAGGGCACCACUACAUCCGUAGAAAAAGAAACAGCUAAACCUGAAUCUCAGGAACCUACUGAAUCACCUUCAGUUCCAGAAGGUACGAGUUUAUUCCCAGAAAAGACUGCAACCGAAAAAGAAGAGACACCUACUGGGCGACCGGAAAGUACAAUUGAAACGUCGAGCGUAUCUUUUGAGAACGAAUCUACAGAAGAAAUUAUAAAUGGCAGCAGUACUGAAGCUAUUACAACCGAAGCUGAUGAAUCUUCGCAACCAACUAAAGAUGUCGAGACACCAGCUUCAGGGGACCAAACUAGUGUUGUUAUUCCAACCAAAGAAGAAUCUAGUACUCCUGAGUCGACUGCAACUGAAAAAUCAACAGAGCCAAAUGUGUCUUCUGAACCAGAAUCUACCCAGGUAGCUGGAGAAAGUACGAAAGAACCUGCCGUUGAUGGGGUCGAAUCCAUGAUGUCGACCGCAUCUACGGUAUCUGAUAGUCAAGUAUCAACAAGUGACGAUAAAUUGACUAAUACACCAACGACUGAAGCUGUAGAGGCAGAAGAGGGAUCGGCUGUAACUCCAGAAGAACAAAGUACAGCAAAUGUUUCAGACGUAGCAGAAACUGUACAACCACCAGUUACAGAAGCAACUGAAGAAGGAGAGAGUGAGAAGCCAACUGAAGAAGCUGAAAAGGGACCUUCAACUGAAGAAGUUACUGAAAUCAGCAUUGGGGAAAAGGUGAGUGAGGAUGUUACUACCGAAUCUGGAUCUAAAGCUGGAGCAGAAACUGAAGCACCAGAAAAAGAAUUAUCGGAAGGAACUGAAACACCUGAAAAGGAAACUCCUGUAGGCACUGGCGCAUCAGAAAACGAGUUUCCGGCAGAAACUGAAGAACCAAAAGAGAAAUUGCCAGCAGAAACUGAAACUCCUGAAAAAGAAGGUCCAGUAGCAACUGAAACACCCGAAAAAGCUUUACCAGGAGCGACAGAAACACCUGAAAAGGAAACACCACUAGGAACUGAGGAACCUGAAAAAGAAUUGCCAGAAGGAACUGUAAUUCCAGGAAAGGAAUUACCAGAAGUAACUGAAAUACCUGAGAAAGAAAUUCCAGCCGAAACUGAAGCACCUAAAAAUGAGUUAACUGAAGUUCCAGAAACGGAAGCUCCUGUAGGUACUGAAGCAUCAGAAAAGAAAGUUCCAGAAGGAACUGAAACACCUAAAGAGGAAACGCCUGUCGGAAAUGAAGGCCCUGAAGAGGAAACUCCUGUCGGAACUGAAGAACCUGAAAAGAUAUUACCAACAGAAACUCAAGCUCCUGAAACAGAAGUUCCAACCGGAACUAGAACACCAGAAAACGAAUUGGCAGAAGGAACCGAAGAACCUGAAAAGGAAUUGCCGAAAGCAACUGAAAUUCCAUUAAAGGGAUUGCCAGAAGGAACCGAAGCACCCGAAAAAGAAAUUCCAGCCGAAACUGAAGCACCCGAAAAGGAAACUCCAGUGGCGACUGACGCACCUGAAAAGGAAUUGUCAGCGGAAACUGAAACGACUGAAAAGGUAUUGCCAAAAGGAACCGAAGCACCUGAAAAGGCAACUCCAGCGGAAACUGAAGCACCAGAACAUGAAUUGCCAGAAAUAACUGAAACGCCUGAAAAGAAAUCGCCUGAAGGAACUGAAGAUCUCGAAAAGGAUAUACCAGAAGAAACUGAAGAACCUGAAAAGAAUUUGCCAGAAGAAACUGAGUUGCCAGAAGAAACUGAAUUGCCAGUUACGAUAUUACCAGAAGGAACUGAGUCACCUAAAAAGCAAUUGCCUGAAGAAACUGAAGCACCCGAAGAGGCAACUCCAGUGGAAACUGCAGCACCAGAAAAGAUAUUGCCCGAAGUAACAGCAACACCUGAGGAGAAAUUGCCGGAAGGAACUGAAACACCUGAAAAUGAAUUGCCUAAAGGAACUGAAGAACCUGAAAAAGCAUUGCCAGAAGAAACUGAAAUGCCAGUAAAGAUAUUACCAGAAGGAACUGAGGCACCUGAAAAUCAAUUCUCAGAAGGAACUGAGGCACCUAAACAGAAAUUGCCAGAAGGAACUGAGACGCCUGAAAAGCAAUUGCCAGAAGGAACUGAAGCAUCCGAAAAGAACGCCACAGCGGAAACUGAAGUACCAGAAGAGAAUUUGCCAGAAGUAACUGAAACACCUGAAAAGGAAACUCCUGUAGGCACUGAAAUACCAGAAAAAGAAUUGCCAGAAGGAAUUGAAACACCUGAAAAGGAAACUUCUGUUGUAACGGAAGGACCUGUAAAGGCAUCAUCAGCAGGAACUGAAGCGCCUGAAACGGAAGUUCCAAUCGGAACUGAAACACCAGAAAAAGAAUUACCAGAAGGACCUGAAGCACCAGAAACGGAAAUUCCUGUAGGAGCUGAUGCAACUGAAAAGCAAAUUCCUGUUGGAACUGAAGAGCCAGAACAGAAAUUGCCAGAGGAAACGGAAGCGCCUGAAAAAGAAAUUGCUGUAGAAACUGAUGCAACUCAAAAGGAAAUUACUGCUAGUACUGACCAACCAGAAAAGGAACUUCCUGAAGAAACUGAAACGCCUGAAAAAGAAAUUCCGGUAGGAACUGAAGAACCUGAAAAGGAAAUUUCCGUAAGAACUGAAAACCCUGAAAAGGGAUCUCCUGAAGUAACAGAAAUACCCACUUCCCCGAAACCUUCAACCGCAUCAAUUGAAGAAGAAACAUCUGAAGGUGUUACUUCAGUAGCUGGAGGAACACCCAAAGAGCCAAGUGAAGGAACGACACCACAAGCAGCGCAACAACCAACAGAAACCAGUACCUCAAAAGUAGAGAUUGCCAAACCUUCAACUGAAGAAUCUGCUACUGAAGUUUCACUUGAUUCAAAAAUUUCUGCCGAAGAACCUACGACAGAAAAACUUUCAGAAGAAGCAACCCCAACUGAAGUUUCCCCUUCAAGUGAAGUUCCUGCAACUAUCUCUAAUAUUCCAGAGGCAUCAGUUUCCACAGAUGCACCAUCGAUAUCUGUUGACAGUGGAAAGACGACAGCUAGUUCUGUAGAAGUACAAACAACAGCUCAGUCAGAAUCUACAAGCGCUGAGGAGGUGGAAAUUCAGCCAAGCACAGAGGAAUCCCAGCACACUGAAGCAGUGUCAACUGAAGAAGUUUCGACUGCAGGAUCUUCGACUGUAGGAUCUUCGACUGUAGGAUCUUCGACUGAAGGAUCUUUCGAGGAAGGAUCUUUCGAGGAAGGAUCUUCGACUAAAGGAUCUUCAGUUGCAAUGCCAGAGGAAGAACCCCAUGGCGAGGCGCAAACAGAAAGUAGUGUUCCAACAGAAGUUAAGGAAACUGAACCAGAGAUUCAGCAGACAACUACAACACCACAUGAACUAUCAUCCACAGAAGCGAUAGAAGAAGGUGGGCACGAAAUUCCAGAAGCCUCAGGAAAACCUACCCAUCACAAAGAGGGUGAAAGCCAGUUUACUAUCGGACCAGAUCAGGAAACAGUAGGUCCUGGAUACUUCGACCAAUCCAGCACGGUAGCUACCUCUGAAGUUUCGCAUUAUCCUGAUCAGACUAUGACAGAUGAGAUGAGUCCCAACUUCCCCAUUGACGGUGGCACCAUCCUUAAUCCUGAAGAUGAUUACGACAUGGAAGAUGAUAAGGAAAUUUACGGACCUGGUACUUGCCGCUACGGAGGCAAGGUUUACAUGUCUGCUCAGCAGAUACCUAGAGAUGAUCCUUGCGAUUUCUGCUUCUGCUUUAGAAGCGAUAUCAUCUGCUUACAACAGAGUUGUCCGCCACCCAUUCCUGGUUGUCACGAGGAGCCAAUCUCUGGCUUCUGCUGUCCUAGGUACGAGUGUCAUGUCUCGAUGGCGACGUCUCUUAAUAUAACGACGACAACCACCACCACCACAACAACUCUUCCACCGCAUUUUCUCUCCCACGCAUAUAAGGGAGCAACAAGAAGAAGCGGUUGCCAAAUAGGUGGCAAAGCCUACGGCGUCGGAGAGAUCAUCAGAUCAGCCUCUGGACCGUGCCUUCAAUGCACUUGCGGUGGGGAUGGCAACAUGAAGUGCGAUCCCAAAAUUUGUUCUCCCGAGCCGAUGCUGCGGCAGAUGAUCGCGGCUGCGACAGCACGAAGACGGAGAUGAGCCAUCCGUGAUGACUAAGUGAAUUCGAGAAUUUAACCAAGCUGAAAGUGAAGAAACAGUGUUGUAUAAAAGUGAAAAAAACGUUAUUAUAGACUACCUUAUUUCGUGGAACACAGACAAUGGUGUGCUUAGCGAAAAUGAACUGAGUGGCCAAAACGUAAACGUUUAUAUAUUAUAUUAUGUUAAAUAUAUAUAUAUAUAUACAAACAUAUAUAUAAAAAGGAAUGAGAGUAAGGCGCGUUCCAAGUGCCAAAUGGAAGAAUACGACGAGGAAACACAAUUUAUGGACAGUAUAACGUCAUUUUUAAGCUGUAAGCAAUCGAUCUCUACGAAAAUGAAAAAUUAGCGAGGAUGAGUGAGUAACAACGUAAUACACGAGACUUCUGACUGUGCCUUUGUUGUUGCCAAUGUGACACUUUCGUGACAGCAGCAACCUAGCCAUAUCACUGUCAAAAAAAAUAAACGUCCUCGGCAGAAUCUGAUCGAAAUUUUUGACGAAACGGUUCGAAAAUUUGGAGAGUAGUUAGGUAAAAUGAAAACGAAAUAUCGAAAUGAAAUACACUGCACAACGUCUCGUAAUAUUCGUUGCUUUUCAAACUAUUAUUACAAGUCGUUGUUUAGUAAAUCGCUCUUAUUUAGUCUAUUGAAUGACACCAGAGGGCACAAUUCUCGCUCAACAAAUCGACACGUCCAAAUGACAAAUUUCUAUCUCCUCUCUAUUUGCACCCUUCGAGAUAAAACCUUGUCGUUUGGAAACAUUGAACUAAUCACUAAAUAAAAACUGAACCCUCUUCUUGAUUGGCCUUCUUGACUUCAUUUCCUUUCAAUAUCUCCUCGACAAUGAAUCGAUUUAUAGCUGCUUUUUACAUUAACUUUUUAAGACGAUUCUUCCUCGAGAAAAUACUGAUCGUUUCUCAAAAGGUGUCAAUCAGCAGAGUUGCAAUAUUAGCUUCAGAGCUGGGCACUGAAUUCAGGUUAGAAAUGACUCCUAAGCUCUGCAGUAUAACAGUCUUCUAAAACUACCCAACUUUUGUAAGUUUUUACUAUCUUACUCCGUAUUUAUAAGGAUAGAAUAAAACUAUUUACGCGCAAUUAGAAUUUUCUUGUGGAAAAUGAUUCUAGAUAUUUGACCACACGUGCCACCUAUAGAUCCAGACUCCGGUGUAUUUAUAUAUAUUUAUGUAUCGAUCGGUGUUGAAUUCAGUAAGACAAAAAUGCGAGGAAAAAGCCCCUCAGAACGUAUGCGCAACUCGAAGCUCAAAUAGCGGCUCGCGAGGAGGACCGGAAAUGAAUUCGCUUCUCCGGCGAGCCGGCAUCAUUAUAUAUAAAUAUAUAGAUUUAUAAAUAUAUGUAUACAUUUAUACACUUCUUUUUACAUGGUACUCCCUUAACGAUACUUAAGCGAUGACAAUUCCCAUGCCUUUGUACGAAGACAGUAGAAAAAUCCAAGUAAAAACAUCUGCUGGAAUUAAAAUAAAACCCCUCUUCCUCAGCCUCGGAGCGUCAUAAAUUACUUGAUAAAAUUAGGAAGAAAUUUUUUUAAAAAGGGGUGAAAAAUUAUAAAUUUUUCAGAGGCGCUUGGAGACUUCGGGACAUGGGACGCGACAAUGAGAUUUGAAAAAUCAAUUUACACGAUACUGCGCAUACUGUCUGCACUAUAUUUAUAAUUAGACUAGAGACGAAGACAAGGUAUUCAUGUCUUCCUGACACUUCUUUUUUUAUAAGAAAAGAAGACAGAAGCCUGUACUAACUCGAAGACGAGAAAUAUGUCUCGGAGGUGAUUGAGCAGCUUUUUCGAUAAACAAAAUGAAAAAUUUGCAUAACCACCUCGCUGGACAAUUUGGCUGAUAAUGAGGAAAAUUUAAGAGGCAGAGAAAAACAAACUCGUGUAUACGUUUCUCGCUAGAGAUUAUUUUAGUACUUUUAGAUUCGUCUUAUUUAAAUUGUUAUCUCUGCCUCUCGAAAAAGUACGAACCAGCCUCUGUGUAUACAAAUUUCGUCCAAUUGACGAUAGCUAAACUUUGGGAGAUAAUUAAAAUAAUUUAUGAAAGGCUGAAGAUUAUAAAAUUUUUUUAUUAAAAUGAUUAAUUGAAUAAAGUAUUGGAUUGAUGGAUUUGAUGGCUCCUAAAGUUAGUCUAUCCUCACUAGCCCUUUAGCAAUUAGUCAAAUAUAGUAUUUAUAUCUUCAUAAACCCACGUAUAGAAUUUUCUAAAAUUUGUAUCAAACGUAGUGAUUUGCAUAUACAAAUGUAGAAAUAUGCUUAAAAAAUUGCACGCUGAAGAAUGAAAUGUGAAAAAACCUGAGUGUCAAAUAUUCACUGAAUGACUGAGAAACAGUGGAAGUUCGAGACAUGAAAAUUUAUAAUAAAUAUUUCGAAGUCUUCGACCCCAGUCUUCCGCCACGUCUCUUCCAGUACAGUAGAUUUUAAACAUUUGAGUGACAAUUGGGAUUUUAGACCAUUUGAAAUAUUACAAAGACUGUUGUAUUCUGCUGGUAAAACUUCGCGUGAUUUGUAAUUAAAAUUUUGUUUUUUAAUGAAAAGUCUACUGCCUGAUGCUCAUGUGCGAUGAUUGCGGUUUUAAUCUCUACGUUUCGAGUGUAAUCCAUCGUCGUUUACCGCGUAUUACAAUAUGUGAUAAUCGAAGAAACAAGCGAAUAGUCGACUAUAUCCUAACGGUAUAAUCCUGACGACUAUGUCUAAGACAGUACGUGCUAGUAUAAAGUGUCCUUUUAUAUGAAUAAAUGAUUUUGUAUGUCAACUGUCUA